AUCUUAUCUCGUAUUCCCCCUCCUUUCCCUCCUGAAUCCCUUUCUCUCUUCUCCGUAGCUCUCUCACUCGGCAGCCAUGGCGGCCUCACUCUCCGCUCUCACCUUCUCCUCCGCUUACUCCAAGCCUUCCCCUUCCUUCUCCUCUUCCCCUCUCUUAACGCCUCCCAGAACCCUUCGCCUUCGUCGCCGCCCUACCCUCGUGCCACCAAUCGCCGCCACUGCCGCCGUUUCCCCCAAGAUCGAGGAGAUCGGUGAUAAGAUCGCAGGACUAACCCUUGAGGAGGCUAAGUCCCUUGUUGACUUCCUUCAAGAUCGCCUUGGUGUCUCCGCUGCCGCCUUCGCCCCUGCGGCCGUCGCCGCUGCCCCUGGUGCCCCGGCUGCGGAAGCUCCUGCCGCUGUUGAGGAGAAGACCGAGUUCGAUGUUGUUAUUGAGGAAGUGCCCAGCAAUGCGAGGAUUGCCACUAUUAAGGUCAUUCGGACGCUGACGCCUAGUCUUGCGCUGAAGGAUGCCAAGGAUUUGAUUGAAGGGCUUCCGAAGAAGUUCAAGGAGGCGGUGUCGAAGGAUGAAGCUGAAGCGGCCAAGAAGCAGCUUGAGGAGGUCGGGGCUAAGAUCAACAUCGUUUGAGAUGGUUCUUUCAACUGGAGAGGAAAGAUGUGAAUCCAGAUGGUGGUUAUUUCCCUAGUGACAUGUAGCAGAUUACUUAAGCAAUUGUACUUUUCAAAAUUGCCUCUUCAGCUGGCUAAACAGUUCAAGAGCAUUGUGUGCACAGAAUCGAGACCGAGAACAUUAGAUAGCAGGUCAUGAACGCUCGAAUACUGCAAAUUUCUUUUGAGCUUAAUUAAAGUAGAUGCUGAUGGAUUCCUUUUGCCAUCUUUAGGGAGAAGGGGAUAUUUUCCAACAUUUUCAAUGCGAAUUUAAUUUUAUUUCAUUCAGCUUGGAUUUGAUUAAUGGUUUGGGUUAAUUUUUAUUUUAUAAUUUAUCUGCCAACUUUGUACAAAACAAGGAUAUCUUGAUGCAAUUUGCACGCUAUGCCUUGUUCUAGAUGUUUGAUGGUUGAAUUAUGUUAUCCUUCCAUUAUUGAAGGUCAAGGCAAGCAAUUCUUUUGUGGGACA